CAUUUUGUUGGCGGUGGGCGGGGCGAUGAGGAGGCGGCGGCCGUUGUCCUGACAGGGAGGCAGGCGGGCUGGGGGGAGCCUCGGAGCGCCGCGAUGGACGGCUCAGGGGGGCCGCGGGGGCUGGCCGGCGGCGCGGGGGAGCAGCGGGCCUCCCCGGCCCUGCCGCGCUCCCCUCCCCCGGGGCAGCCCCGCGAGUACAAGCUGGUGAUGCUGGGCGCGGGCGGCGUCGGCAAGAGCGCCAUGACCAUGCAGUUCAUUAGUCACCGCUUCCCAGAAGAUCAUGACCCCACCAUUGAGGAUGCUUACAAGAUCCGAAUCAGGAUUGAUGAUGAACCUGCUAAUCUGGAUAUUUUGGACACAGCAGGCCAGGCGGAAUUUACUGCCAUGAGAGACCAGUACAUGCGGGCGGGGGAAGGCUUUGUGAUCUGCUACUCCAUUGCCGACCGCCGCAGCUUCCACGAAGUGCGCGAGCUCAAGCAGCUGAUCUACCGCGUGCGCCGCACCGACGAGACGCCGGCUGUUCUUGUGGGGAACAAGUCUGACCUGGGGCAGCUGAGGCAGGUCUCGAAGGAAGAAGGCGCCGCCUUGGCGCGCGAGUUCGGCUGCCCGUUCUUUGAAACGUCCGCGGCCUUCCGCUACUAUAUCGACGACGUGUUUCAUGCGCUUGUGCGCGAAAUCCGGAGGAAGGAGAAAGAAGCCGUCAUGGCGUUGGGGAAGAAGGCGAGGCCUCACACCAGUGUGUGGCAAAGAUUGAAGUCUCCGUUCCGGAAGAAGAAGAACUUGGUGACAUGAAUGGAAGGAGUCCGACCCCGGGGUACCCAAGCAGGGCAGUGGCCUUUUGGCCUUGGGCUUCUUCCUGCUGACUGUAUCAAUUGCAAGAACGGUUGCUUUAGAAAAACCUGGGAGGCUGUUCCCCCGAGGAAUCCUUUAUCCUGGUGACAGAGUUGUCGUCAACGUGCUUCCUAAAUGUGUUUGAUUCUUCCUGGAGAAGACCUGGCAAGAAGCCGCUGAUCCUGAGGGCUGUGAACCAACCUGGCAAAGAAGUCCGAAAGACAUAGCCAGCUUGGUGUGCCCACCCACUCCUGGUGCAUCCCAGGAGGGCCUGAACAGUUGGCCAGGCACUUGUUCCUAUGAGGCCCUUGUCAGCGGGACGCUUCUGUUGGGAUGUGGGGCCGGACGUUUCAGCAGCAUUUCAAAAGAGCAGAACAUAAUGUCGGUGGUACCGUCUGGAGGGCUAUGACACGCCCUGUCUGGAAAAGCCACGGCAUGUUGGUGGGGUGGAACUCGUGGGUUUUCUGGAUUGUGGGUAUGGGCAGGCUGACUUGUCGUAAAUUAGGGGAGUGCCAAGAAAAUGAGAUCUUCUCAACCAUUCACUGCAUCCUCCCUGUGUCUGUUUCACAGUGAGGUGGCUGGACUCCUCCUGGAUGUUCUGUUGAGGAUGUGGGGGGAAAGUAACUCCAUGUGGGAAGCUCUCAGCAAAGCACAGGAGCCCAACGGCCAUCCGACCAUAUGCGAUUCUCAAGUUCUAGUGCGUGCUGUUUCGACAGAUGGCGUAAUAAUACAUUCCAGAACUGUCACAGUCCUAUGCUUAGAACUUCUAGAGUAGGACGCUUUUCGGUUUUGCAGGAUAUUACUUGUUCCUCCUCUUUGUGGGGCGGGGGCGCUAGAGAUUGCGGGUGGGGGUACUGUUUUGCACAAGCUUUCUUGAGGUGGGUCUUUGAAAGGUCCUGUUUGAUAGGACACCCUGCAGGGGCAAACUGUGUGUUGGGAGGUCCUUCACCUCCUCUUGAGAGGUGGUGGUGUGAGGCCAGUGAAAGGGGGGGGGAUUCGAGGAAGGAAGUCGACUCGGUGUAGUGGUGGGAUUGGGCAAGUUGGAGAGUGGAGGCUGGGUCAAGUGGUGCUCGGUGGAGGAAGUUGGCUGAAGAAUUGUACUUGGAGGUGGAGCUCCCUAGGCAAGGGAGAUCCCCUAGCUCUGUGGCCGAGCAUGUGCAGAGGCGUCUGGCUUGGUUUGAAGCGGUUUCCUCACCUCAGUUCUCAAGUGUCUGGGUCAAUGGAUCGCACCUCGGUUGGAAAGCAAUGGGGUAGCUGGUAGUCAAAAGGUUUUGUACUGAGAUGUUCUCUGUGUGGGGGAAUGCUGGCGAGGGGGAAAGAGAAGCACUUUACGGGACCCACCCCUCUUACCGGGCACGCAUUAGACAACCUUGGGAAGACGGUUCCAUUGCUUGAAGUUUCCUCACCUUUUCCUAAAGCAAGAGGCAGAAGUGCCUGGGUGGGUUAAAAUUGCACCAUUGAUGCCUAGAUAGUGCAGAGAUCCCCAAGACGGGUGUCAAGGAUAAGCAAGCGGAACUUGAAUCGAUGUCACUACAUCUGUGGGGUAAUGCAGGACCGCUUGGGCUGGUGUUAACCCUGGAUCGGUUGUCUUGGGUAAUUCUCUGCAAAACCAAGUAGUGAAAGCCUUUUAAGAAAUAAAUCAGCCCGCUGGACACAUGAGCUCUUUUUAAAAACAAACAAAACAAAACUGCCUUUGCUUGCUCUCCUAUUCAGAGUGAUGGAGAUGGUCGUUAAACUUGUGUUGUUCUGAAGGAAAAGAAUCAAGUGUGAUACUAGAAUAUAGGCGUUUCUGGGACUCUUCUUACUUAAUUUUUGUAUUGCUCUUAAUUUUUGUAUUGCAAGUCGUACCUGUGUUUUAUCUAUCUAUCUAUCUAUCUUAGUUGCUUUACAAACUCUACAAACUGAACAAUUGAAGAAAAACCACACAUUCCAUUUAGCAAGGAAGAUUUUGAAUGUAUUAUUGACUGUAGCAAUAUAUGGCAUAUUUAUAUUAGUAAAUUAACUUGAUGCUCAAUGCUGGAUACUUUCCAUAGCUACUAAUCUAGGAACAGAUCUGUAACUGAAUGCUUUUUGUUGAUGAUUGCAUCAGAUACUCCUGGCAUGUUUGAAUGAGGCGCACAGGGCUUUUCCAUCAUAAAUUGUAGCCAAUGUCUUUGGAGCAAAAUUAGUUUCAGUCUCUUUACAACUCAAGUUUCCUCCUUGAAGUCAAAGUGAUGCAAAAACCCAGGGUGCUCAUAAUUGACUCGAAACCUGCCGCUUCCUGUCUGAAGCAGAAUCAAAACAAUGAAGCCAGGCUUUCGCCCUUGGGCAAAGCGAUGAAGUUUCUGUGCCUUAAAAUUCUUGCUUCAGCCGAAGUCAGCUUUCCGUGGUGCUAAAGGAGAGCCUCUUGUCGCCAGGCAUGAUUAUGUAUGAAUAAGGAGCACUCUUCGGUGGGGGACGGACCCAGUUCGUGAUUUUUACACACGAAGCUGAGAAUGGCAUUCGACACAAUAAAGGUUUUGUAAUGAA